AUGUCUGGCUGUGUAAUUUGCAAAAAUCCUCUCGAGGUAGAAGUCGAGCGCGACGAGGAUGAAGAGUACGAAGGCGGAGCAUCUUCGUCGGGCAAAGCACCUGCGCCCGCCCCAGAAACUGUCCCAGAUGAUGUCCAAUUGUCCUGCGGAUGUCACUUCCACUGGGACUGCCUUCUCUCAGCUUACGAAAUAACCUCCUGCCCCAACUGCUCAAAAGAAAUUUCCGUCACCGAAGACAACACGCAAAAAGUCUUUUGCAGACUCAACAACGAAGGUGGAGUCCAAGAAAACCUCGAUAUCCUACCUUUACUCGUAGAAGAAUCCUACCUCAAAGCGUACCCCGAAGAUCGCAAGGCCCGCGCAUUCCUCGAGUUCUGUCGUGCGGGUGACUACAAGGCUAUCAUCGAGCUGCUGCUGGACGAUAGUUCGGACGACGACGAUGAGGACGAGCAAGGAGAUGUUUCUAUGAGCGCCACAGAUGACCCUGAGAAGGAAACGGGCAUCGACCGGGUACUGAGGUAUCAAGAUCCAAUUGGUGAUAUGCAGUCUGGUCUACAUGCGGCGGUACAUGCACAGAGUAGAGAGGUAGCUUGGUUGCUCCUCCUGCUCGCAAGUAACUAUCCUCUGCUAGAAUUCCCACCAGAGGUCUUCCAGGAAGCAGAGGCCAUGGGUAUCAUGCGGGGUUUGACGGAGGACAAGGUCGAUAUCAGGAGCCUGAAGGAUGCACAGGGUCGGACUGCAGAGGAUAUCGCGAAGGAGAUUGGUGGAGUGUGGCAUGGAUGGACUGGAAACAACCGCUUGGCCAUUUGA